AUGAAGCCUCCGUUCGUCGCCAUCCCGCAGCAGGAGGCGGGCGACCGACUCACGCCACAGCAGCGCAGGGGCGUCGAGGGCAUCUUCGACCUGAACCCGGAAGACUUCCGCAACUGCAUGCUGGUGCACAUGAGCGCCGAGCCCCUGGAGGUCGUCGACGCGCUCCACAUGGAGGACGCAGUGGUGGGCAACCUGACGACGGAAGGCCCCGACGACGAGGACGAGUCCUGGGAGGAGGUCAUGUGCAGGCCAGGGAUGCUCUUCGACGACUCGACCACCAGCAAGGACGGCGUCAAGGAGCUCCACGUGUCCACGAAGAUGUUCGCGCGCCUCGAGGGCAUCACCAACCCAGUCCAGCUCAUCCCCCACGGCAUCAUGAGCUCAUGGAAAUCGCUCUGGAAGGUGCCCGUGGCGGGCUUCCUGUGCCUCGGCGACGGGCAGUCGGACUCCGCGCCGGUACUCUACGCAACACCCACGCCGUGCGUGCCAACCACGAUGGACAUCGAGGGCAACGCGCUGAAUCCCACCGAUGAUGGCUACGAGGUUUGGCUCGGCACCACCCGGUUGGCGUUCCCCAACAAGUCCACGGCGGAGGCGUUGUGCCAGGGUUUCGUGGAGGAGAUCGGCGGCAACUUGGAAAUUGUCGACUGGGACGUUGAGGCCAUCAGCCGAUAUUUCUUGAGGCAGGGCGAUGCGACUGUCAGUGUGGACGUCGCCCGCGCCAGCGCGAAUUCCGAGAUGGGCUCCGCGCCGGGCGCCAGCUCCGCAUCAUCCACGGGGACGGUCGAGGCCAGCACAUCCGAGGCCGGCUCGCAGGCGCCGCUGGCCGCGUCGACUGCCGCCAACGCCACCGCCGGGGGCGCCGCCGCGAACGCCACUGCCGCGCGCGCCACCACCAUGGGCGGCGCAGUCACGGCGCUGGCGGCGCCGGCGUUGCGCUCGAGGCGUCGUAGCCGGGACGUGGAUGCGCCAGCCAGCCUGGUGACGCCCGAGGCCCCGAGCCUGCCAGAGUUCCUGAACUUGGCGGCGCAGAGGAGCACCCCGUCGGGCUGGACAAAGGGUAAGAAAAGCUUGCUCGUUGUCAUCAUGGAUUGGAAGAGCGGGGACAACUCGAUGGCGCCAUAUUCGCAUCAGAUGGAAAACCCUGUGCCGUUGUACAGGGACAAGGUUGUCCCUGCAGCUAUCAAGGAGCUCGGAGAUAUGUCUUAUGGCCAGCUCCAGAUCACGGCGACGGUCAUUCCAGAGGUUGUCCGCUUCAACCACAACCGGGCACAGAUGACAGGCAAGUUGCCCUUCCCUACGCUGUACGAGCGGGCGCGGGACGCAUUGGUAGGGCACCCGAAGUUUGGGUCGAAGUACAAGUUCAAGGAUUUCAAUUUUGUGUUCGUGAUCGCGCCUCAGGUCAACCCGGUCGGCACCAAGGGUGUGGCCUGGGUCGGCUCCCGUGGCGCCCUGUGCAACGGUUGCGAGACGCUGAGCGACAGUCGCAAGAUCAUGGUGAUGGUCCACGAGCUGGGGCACAACCUGGGCCUCGCCCACGCCUCCUCCGAUGGGCUCGACUACGGCAACAUCUUCGACUGGAUGGGCAAUUCCCCGGACGUGAAGGGCCUCACCUUCGGCGUGGGCUACGUGCUGUCCCUGGGCUGGAUCUCUCCAGCCAACAUACUGCAGGUGACCGACAAGACCGUCGGAGCGGUCAACGAUCUGGUGACGCUGUCGCCGUUCGACGACAAGAAGCCGUCCAGCGGUAGCAUCGUUGGCGUGAAGAUUUCGCUGAGCAAGAACUCCGACGACAUUUACGUGAGCUUCAGGCGGCACGUCUCGAACGCGCACCGUGGCGUGUUCAUCACCUACCAG